AUGAGCGCCAGAACAGACGUCGAAGCCACUCAGAACCAGCUCUCGUCUGGUGUCACACCCGAGUCGCUCAAGGCCACUCUGUUCGAGAAGCUCGAGGCACACCAUGUAGACAUCCAAGAUCUGUCAGGUGGAUGCGGCCAAAUGUUCGAAGCAAUCAUCGUGUCACCGCAAUUCGAAAAGAAGACUUCGCUCGCCCGCCAUCGUCUUGUCAACAACACGCUCAAAGCCGAAAUCGCUGCCAUCCACGCCUGGACGCCCAAGUGCAUGACGCCCGCCGAGUGGGAAAAGAAGAAGGGCUCUCUUUGA